UGUUUACUAUAUUGUUUUGAUAAUUUUUUGUCAACAAAACCAACUCGUUUGUUGAGGAUAAAGAAAUACUUCGAAUAUAAUGUAUACUCAAAUGCCAUUUAUCAAUAAUGGUAUAUAUUUAUAGAUAUUUCGAAUAACUUAUUAGUUAAUAAGAUCUGAAGCAGAAUAUAUUAUUAUAUACAUAUUUUUUAAAAUGAUAUUCUGUUUACAUGAAACUAAUUGGUUUUAUGUUUUCUUCACUGAGUUCUGCUUUGUUUACGCAGUCAGUGGAAAUUUACCAGUGUACCUCAAUUUAACAGAUGAAUGCUUUGGUAUAAUUGAUAACGCUGAACUAAAGAUUUAUGGACAUAGAGCUAUAGUUGAAUGCCAAGAAGGAUAUGAUCUUGAAGGAUCUUCAGAUAUUAGUUGCUUAAACGGUCGCUGGAGACCUAAACCUCGAUGUGUACCGAGGUGCUUAGUACCUCCACCUAUAAGAAAUGGCACUGUAACUACAAACGAACAGAAAGACUAUCAGGGACUCUACCCAAAGGGAACAGUCGCCACUUACAGUUGUUCUGAAGGAUUUUAUUUAAUUCCUUCUGAAAGCAAACUGAGAGUUUGUGAAGAAGGAAUUUGGACAGGAUCAGAUGCUAAAUGUUUCAAACAACAUAACUCUAGAGCAGGGUGUGAGAGACCACAAGAAGUGACAAAUGGUUAUUAUGUAUUCGAGAAACAUGGUCAACUCGAUCCAUUUGGUGUAGGACAAAGGCUUCAUUAUAGUUGUCGAGAGGGUUUUAUUUUGGAAGGUAGUCCAGUACAGCAAUGUCUAGAAAAUGGGGAUUGGUCUCCGAAAAUUCAACCUAUUUGCUGGAAACCAAUGACUGAUCUGAACUUACCCUGUGGGGAAGCACCGUUUGUACCAUUCAGCGCAGCAACGGUAGUGAAGGGGAGAAAAACAGAAGAAUCUGCGGAUCCAGAAACAGUCAUAGAGAUAAGAUGCCAAUCAAUUUUUCACGACGGUUUUGUUAGACAUAUAGCAACCUGCCAACCUUCCAAACUGACUUGUAUAGCGGGGAAAUGGAGAUGGAUUGGGAAGAAACCUGACUGUGGGCCAAACGUUGGUUGCCCUUCACCCCCCUCUGUGAAUCAUGCAACUGCUUCUCUCAUUUCCGGCUACAGAACUUCUCUUGGAUACCCCAUAAAAGCGCAAGUUUCUUACAAGUGCCUUCCUGACUACAUUCUUGAGGGAAAUGGACUGCUGACCUGUUUGGAAGGAGGCUGUUGGUUUCCUUCUAUACCUCCAAGCUGCAUUAGUGAUAAUGAUUAUACUGAAUACAAUGCUUUGAACGCCUUUCUGAUAUCAAUUGUUACUGGAGCAGUGGUAUUGAGCUCAUUGCUGGUUAUAUGUUUACUGGUGUUCUACAGACGCAAGAGGCAAAUAAUGAGAGAGUUGGCUCUUCCACCCACAGUGCAGGGUCCGGAUAUGGGAGAUCAUGCAAUACUUCUUCAGCAACCAGAUAGAUUAGCCCUGAUUGCAUUUGCUGAAGGACAAAGGAAUAGCCUUCCUACGUAUGACGAAGCUGUGAGAGAUAGACCACCGAAUUAUUUAUCUUCGGGAAGAUUGCCCCCACGACCUCAGUGGCAACAUAUAACUGGAAGGCGAAGCAGAAAUUCGCCAAACUCCGAUCUAUUGCACAGUGGUCGACAUGGUUCUUUUGUGUCCCACACGCCUAGUACCAGAUCUGCCGGAGACUCCAUGGGUUCCACGGACACCAUGGCCAUUUCUGAAAAUUCAACGAAUGUUACAUUGGACACUGUAUCUUCUCACAGCGGAUCUCAAGCACCUUCAUGCAGAGCUCACUGUGGGAGCCUAGCUUCAUUCGAUACUAGUUCAGUAAUUAUUACAGAAGAUGUUCCGCUUUUAGAAGAGAGCGAGCUUGAAGAAGUGCCAGUAUGUGAUACGAUUUCCCUGAUGUUAGAAAGUCCCUCCAUUCAAGAUAAUGCUUCCCAAAAAAUAUCAGGAUCUACAGCUGAGGUUCCCUAGUAGUGGAUUCUAACGAAAUUCUUUGUUGCCCAAAUAAGAUGAAGAAGAAAUACGUUAUGUGAUUGACCAAUAUUUUUGCUUACCUGUUGAUUAUUGUAUUGAUUUAAUGUACUGGACUGAGUGUAUUAUUGAUGGUUAUAUUUUUCUAUCAUGACAGAUGAAUUUAUUUAAUGAGUGUUAUGUAAACUUGAAUAGUAUUAUGUGUUGAGAUGAAUAAAUAUGUAUUAGCAAUG